AUGAGCGAUAUUUUCGUCCCACAGCAACCUGUCAUUAUCAGCCAGAAUACACGAGCCUCUUUUACGCAAUACCUUCACGAACAUCCAAGCAGUCGUCGUAUAUCGCCAACAGAGAAAGAAAACCUGAUUGAAUGGUUAACGAACCCCGAGAAACGCCCGUCAUCGCAGCGCGAAUUCAGCCGCCGUAACUACGCGAGAAAAACUUUCAUUUGGGGCAACGAGACGCAAGAUCUGCUAGCGAUAAACAAGACCCAAGAAGGUGGAAACCGCAUUGUGGUUGCAGAAGACAGGAUAGCAGAGACUGUGGAGUUCGUGCAUAAUCGCAAUGGCCAUGCGGGAUGGGAUGCUACUUGGAAAGAUGUCAGCACGUCUUACUAUGGCAUUUUGAGGGCCUUCGAAAAUAUAAUCACGGUGGAUCCGGAUGGUUUUGACCUUCUAAACCCUCAAGAAUUGGAGGACGCUACACUGUCACCGCUUAGAACAGACAGUCCAAACCCGCCAAACAGACAGUAUUGA